GCAACCCUGGUUGACUUGACUAAGUUCAUGUUUAUUUAUAUUCGAAAAACUAUUUUAUGAAAAACUGUAUCAGUUGUAUCACCCAAGAUUAUAUACUUAAGUGUAUCACAGUUCACAGAAGAUAAUUAUCUUCUGUGGCUGUAUGUUCUUGCCCUUUUAGUACCUAUUUCCUCUAAUUUGUAUUAAGGGAUUAUUGUGAACAUUUGUAGUAGCAAAAAAAUUUGUGUCUCCGUUGUUCCUAUCUAUAUACCACAUUACUUUGUAUGGCAUUGCUUUAAAACGUAACUUUAAGUUCUCUCAAAAAUGACUGAUGAAGGAGAAUCUGAUGGUGUUACGGAUUCCCCAAAAAGAGGUAAGAUUGGAACUUAUAAUUAUUCCAAAUAUUUAAGUUUAUACAUUUUAGGACCAACUCUAUCCACAUCAACUUCUAGUUUUGAAGCCCUAGAUCCACAUGAUCCAAAUUUAAGUAAAUUAGCCAAUACGAUGUUUAGCAAAACAUCAGAGUAUUUAUAUGGAGAACUUACGUCAACUUUAGAUGAUUACAGAUUAUUAGAAAAUAUGAAUCAAGCCACUAUCACCAAAUAUUCGGAUAUGAAGCACUUAGCAGUCAAUAUCAACAAAAGCCUGAGUGAAUUAAAUGACAAAUACAACUCUUUAAUACCCCUUUUGCAGCAGAUUGAUCAAAUCGAAGAUAGUGUAGUGAAAUUGGAGCAAGCUGCUUAUAAAUUAGAUGCAUAUUCCAAAAGAUUAGAAGCUAAAUUUAAAAAUUUGGAAAAACGAUAAAAAAUAUUUAUAUAUUUAUAAAUAAUAAUAAAUAAUGUAAAAUAUUGUAAAAUUAUUAUUAAAUUUAAAAGUGAAUGGGUUUAGUUAGCUAGUGACAAUAUAAUGGAUCUUCUAGUUUAAAAAUUUAUUUCAAUUUCUUUGAAAAACAAGUGCACAAAGAAAUGUUUUGUCAUUUUGUUGAAAAAUGUUGAC